AUGGAUGUGGAUGAUGAGCUAGUUGAAUGUAUACUUGGUUCUGAUACAGAAAACGAACCAGAGGACAAGGUUGUAAAGGAGGAAACCAAGGGAUUGACUACAGAUCCUGAGUCUGAAGACAAAGAGAGCUCAGACAAUAAUGCUCACAAUGACAACAAUUUGGAGGGUGAGGAGGUUUUGUCUGUGCUAGUAGAGGGUCAAUCUAGCAAUUGUAAGGUAACAGUGGAGGAGCUUGCAAAAGCAAAGGAGGACAAAGCUGCUGUUAGGGCUAAAGUAAAGGCAGAGGCUGAGAAAGUAACACAGGCUAAGGUUAAGGAAGAGGCUCAGGCUAAGGUGAAGAAGGAGAAGGAGAGGGGAAAGGAGAAGGAGAAGGAGAAGGAGAAGGAGAAAGAGAGGGAGAAGGAGAAGGAGAAGGAGAAGGCUAUAGCCUUAGUGUCAAAGGUGGUAGUAGAAAAGGGGAACAAGCUAGUUCCUGAAGAAGUUGCAAAACUGGAAAAGAAAAAGCUAGUUGUAGAGAAAGAGAAGGUUGAUGCAAGAAGGGAUGGGAAGGAGAAACGAGUCAUAGUCAUUCCUCAAGUGGUUACAAAGCCAGAAAAGAAGAAAGAGGACAAAAGCAAGGAAAAAGAGCCAGUACUGGUGCUCCUGAGCAAGAAGCACACUAUUGUAGAGGUGGAGAUUCUGGUCUCUAGUAAGGAAAUGUGUGCAAAAAACCAGAAGGUUAUGGUGGAGUCUUCAAGUAAGGAGGACAAGGAUAUCCCUCUGGAUUGGGUGGAGGGAAUGGUCUUCCACACACCCAAGUGUGUGAAGUGUGCAGAGAGGCACAAGGGUCCUCAGGGAUCCACUUGCUAG